AUGUCUGACACCUCGCAGUGGGCCCACCCCAUCCCGUCCCUCCCAGCCCUCUUCACCCACCACUCGAGCUCCCUCCUCCGUCCCUUCGCCCGCUUCUCCAUCUCCCUCUUCCGCUCCACCCCCUCCCUCCCCAACCCAGCACCCCUCGAGCCCCUCUCCGCCCUCGCUGCCGCCACUGCCCACCCGCCCAAGCGGCCUGCUAUCAAAGCUGUUAUCGCCCUCCAGUCAUUCGCCACCCAGUUCCGGGAAGCUGUCUUUGCCCGCAAGCUCAAGAAGGAGGAAGACUAUGUCCAGCAGCGGCUCUAUCAGCUUGUCAGGGGGUAUGCUGCUGCUGGGAAUGUGCUCGCGAGGCUUCUCUGGGGCGAGGAGGCCACGGGCGAGGAUCCUGAUGUAGCCGACUAUGAGGCCGCUCUCAAGCAGUGUGUCGAAGGCUUCUUCAUCGCUCGCUCCCUCCUUCGCCCGGCGCUAUCAUCGGCAUACGACCCUCAUAUCCUCGGCGCCAUCUUUUCCUUCCCAGCGCCUUAUCGACACUCCUUCUUGACGCCCAUCUUGCAACACGCCCGACGGCUCACUGCGACCCUCCAAACUCAUCCUACUCGGCCUAUCGCUGGCAAAGCCAAAUCCCCUUCUCCGCAGAUCGAUAUCGCCAAAGUGUCUACCGCCGACAUUACCUAUGUCGUUGCGCUGCUCGAGACUAUCAUCGCCGCCGUCGCCGCCAUCCCUGAAAUCGACGAGAUCGUCUCGGAGGAGGUGGGGGUACCGGCAAAGAUGACAAAGAAGAAGGAGAAGGAGCUGCAGCGAGAGAAGGAGAACAAGCCGUUGAGGGUCAAGCUGGAAGUCAUGCUAGCCGGGUGCGACCUUGUUUUGAGUUUGGCCAACAAGCGUAUCGGAGAGGUGAAGGCGAGGGCGGCGAGCAAGAUUGGGAGGGAUGAGGAGGAUGAAGAGGAUGAUGUGAAGCCGGUAUUGGAGGGGGUGGAGGAAGAGGCGGCCGUGGCGUGGGAGGGGAUUGCGGAGAAGGGGCUUAUCGACAGCCUUGAUCUUGCGUUGGCGCUUGCGGAGGAGGGGCGGGUGAAUGUACUCGCCAACGACGUGCAGGCUAUCGACUGGUUUGGCCAAGAUAUCGAACCUACCCCCGAGAACGUCCCUCUCCCCCCGUCUCCCACUACCUCAUCCCACUCUCAAGACCCAGGUACCAAAGCCGAAAUCGACCCUCCCUCCGACUCUUCCUCCGAUUCGGAAUUCGACGACGACGACGACGACCCCGACGAAGACCCCUCCGACAACUCUUCCCACAAAUGUCCUCUGCGCUCGCUCUUUGCCCUGCACGAUCGGUAUGAAGAGCAGAGGCUGGCGGUUUGGUUGACGUUGGACGUGGGGAGGAGGGGGAAGAUGACGGCGUGGAUGAGGGGCGAGGGGGGGAAGGUGGGGGAGAAGUGGGAUGCGUUUGGGGUGAGGGUUAUAAGGGAGUUUGAUGGGGAAACACUCGUAUCCCUCGGCCUCGCCCCGGACAAGCUCGACAAAUGGACAGACCUCGCCGCCGAUCAGAAUACGAAGAAGGGGAGGAAGAAGGCUAGGAAGAGUGCAUAG